AGAAGACAGCUUGUCAUGAUAAUUCUGGCUGCAGCGCUGCUGCUGAUGCUGCAGCUCUCCUCGGCGGAUGCUCAGCUCGGAGGUGCCGGCCCGGCGCCCGGCUGCCCGAUCCCGGACACCUGCGGCAACGUGACCGUGCCCUACCCAUUCGGCAUCCGCGCCGGCUGCUCCCUCCCUGGCUUCAACCUCACCUGCGAUCAAACGCGGCACCCGCCGAGGCUGCUUCUGGGCGACGACGGCACCCUCGAGAUCGUGGAGAUCUCGCUCGUCAACUCCACGGUGCGCGCCAUGGACGUCGCCGGCGCCGUGAACAUCAGCAACUACGUCGGCCCUGGGCCUGAGGGCAGCGGCACGUGGCGCGGCCUCGGCUCCGGCAGCAACGACAGCACGUACAUCCUCUCCGAGCAGCACAACCAGUUCGUUGUGACCGGGUGCAACGUCCAGGGGACGCUGCUCGGGGACAGCGGCAACAUCAUCACCGGCUGCUCCUCCUUCUGCUCCAUCAGAGACACCUGGACAGAUCCCGUGGUAAGCAACGACCCCCGCAACGGAACGGCCACAUGCUCCGGCAUCGGUUGCUGCGAGACGGCCAUCCCAAUCGGCCGCCCCUCCUACAGCGUGCAGUUCAAGGACCUGGACCCGAACCACGAGAACGACGGCAGGCUGCCCAUGGCGGUGCGCGUCGCGGAGCGGGGUUGGUUCGACAGCGUCGCCACCCACAUGCUCGACAAUUCAGCGGGCAACAGUGUGCUCCAGACGGCGGUGCCGGUGGUGCUGGAGUGGGCGGUUGCGUCAACCAGGAUAGUGCUGCCGGGGACGACUUCUCCGGACAGCGGCGGCGGCAACUCGUCAUGCCCCGUUGACGCGGCGAGGAGUGCGUGCCGCAGCAGCCACAGCACCUGCCACAACGUCGCCGAUAACUACCGAACUGGCUACGUGUGCCGCUGCAAGGACGGGUACGACGGCAACCCGUACCUUGCCGGUGACGACGGAUGCCAAGACAUCAACGAGUGCGCACUCCGGGGGAAGUGUUUCGGCGUGUGUACAAACACGGCUGGAUCGUACGAGUGCCGGUGCCGGCGCGGUGCUCGUGGUAACCCAUACAUGGAAGAUGGCUGUAUCAAAUCUUCUCUAGGGUUGAGUGUUGGCCUUGGAGUUGGCAGUGGGGCAGGUCUCCUGGUCGUGGCACUCGGUGCAACCUUUGCGGCUCGCAGGAUUAAGCAUCAGAGGGAAAGAGUGCUGAAGCAGAAGUUCUUCAAGAAGAACCGUGGGCAUUUGCUGCAACAAUUGUUAUCCCAAAACGCAGACAUCGCUGAGAGAAUGAUCAUUCCCUUGGUGGAGCUGGAGAAGGCCACAAACAAUUUUGACAAAACUCGCAAGCUUGGUGGAGGAGGGCACGGCAUUGUGUACAAGGGGAUCCUAUCGGACCUGCAUGUCGUCGCAAUCAAAAAAUCAAAGGUGGCAAUCCAGAGAGAGAUUGAUGAGUUCAUAAACGAGGUAGCCAUUCUCUCCCAAAUCAACCAUCGGAACGUAGUAAGACUUUUUGGCUGCUGCCUUGAGACUGAAGUGCCACUUUUGGUGUAUGAAUUCAUUUCAAAUGGCACUCUUUAUGACCAUCUUCACGUUGAAGGACCAAUAUCAUUGCCAUGGGAGCACAGGCUGAGAAUCGCAACAGAAACUGCCAGAGCCCUUGCCUACAUUCACAUGGCCGUGUCUUUUCCUAUAAUUCAUAGGGAUGUAAAGUCUCAUAACAUUCUUUUGGAUGGCUCUCUAACAGCUAAAGUGUCAGACUUUGGAGCCUCAAGGAGCAUUCCACCUGAUCAAACAGGGGUUACUACGGCUAUCCAAGGAACACUAGGAUAUCUAGAUCCUAUGUACUACUACACAGGAAGACUCACCGAGAAGAGUGACGUUUACAGCUUCGGUGUUGUUCUAAUCGAGUUGCUCACUAGAAAGAAACCAUAUUCGUAUAGAUCACCUGAAAAUGAUAGCCUAAUUGCACAAUUUACUUCCUUGCUCGCACAAGGCAAUUUGUCUCAUGUACUUGAUCCACAAGUCAUGGAGGAGGGAGGCAAAGAAGUCAGCGAAGUAGCUGCAUUGGCAACUAUGUGUGUGAAGUUGAAAGCAGAGGAACGCCCAACCAUGAGACAGGCGGAGAUGACCCUUGAAAGCAUUCAAGAAUCACUGCAGCAGGUUAAACUGCAUAGUGUGGAUACAAAGAUAUCCAAGGAUAAACAAACGGCAGUGGCCUUUCCAACGGUGGAGGGUAGAAGCAGCAAAGAGUCAAGUAGGCAGUACAGUCUUGAAGAAGAGUUCUUGUUGUCAGCAAGGUAUCCCCGUUAGUGGUUUCUUACAAUGUUGAGUCAUGUAAAGGCUUAUCUUCA